CCCUCUGCCUCUCCCCCCUGCUUGUGCUCUCUCACUCUCUCUCUCUCUCUCUCAAAUAAAUUCUUUAAAAUCAAUAAAUCCAGAAUUAAGAAUCUGUCCUUCCCUGCACCCCAGCCUUCUCUGACUUCCCAUCUGAACAACUGCUUCCGUGAAACCCCAUUUCCUUCAACCUCCCCCUCUAGCCUCUGAGCUCUGAGUGGGCAUAGGGUCUGGAUUCCCAGCUACCCUGCGCUCCCUUGGCCUCCGUCUCCCCCACCACCUAGGAAGUGCUUAGUGGACUGAGUGUUAAACUGUGGGGAACUUCAUGCUUCAUGGGAAGGGCACCACUUGGCCCGACUUGCUGGGGAACCUUGGGGAUAACCCCUUUGCAAAGCAAGGGGGUAGGGGGUUGUUGGCCUGGGGGAAUCCCUCUGCCCACCCUGGCAUUCUAGGAGUCCCAUGACUUGCGGCGUGAUCUUUAGGGAGGGAAGAAGAGAUGAGAAUCUGUGGGUGAGGCUCUUGUCUGAGGAAGGAAGGUCCCACUGCUGUCUAGAAAAAUUAGCUGAGCAUAAACCAAAGAUAAAGAAAACCUGUGAGCCUUGUGAGGCCUGCCCCGCCUUCCCUGCGUUCUCCCAGGGGAUGGGGACCCGGCUGAGCUGGGGGCCCGCUGACUGCCUUCUCCGAGUCCUUCUCCCCAGCGGUGCUGUGCUCCCAUCUUAGGGUAGGGGCAAGUAGGUGCAGAGAGGUGAGCUUUAUUUCUGGAAGUCAUACAGCUCCUAGGAGGGAAGGUCAGACUUGAACCAGAGGACUCCGGGGGCCAUGCUUGGGGUGGGAGCAGGGCCGCCAGUCUGGGUAAGCAGACAGUGGCUCCAGCUUGCUCUGAGGUCCUGGGUGCUGGCAGGUUGGCUAAAGGGACCCCCCACUUUCCCCCUCUGGGCCCUGCUGGAUUAGCUCUGGACUGUGCCCUGGAGAGCAAGAUUCCCCCUUCACUAUAACCUGAACCUAAUAACCAGUCCCCGUGCUCCAGGCCCGUGACUCCCCCUAAAACCUCACCACUACCCUGUCUCUCAAUAAGCCUUGUUAUUGGCCUUACCCCUGUCUCUGCCCCCCUUUAGCCUGGUCCAGGCCCACGGCUGCCAUUCCAAAACCGCGCCCCACCCCCAAUCACCUGCAAAGCAGAUCCAUGGGACUCAGGGCUACUAACACACCAUCCCAGCCUCAACUCCCAGUCACCUCCUGCCUGGCCCGAUCUUCCUGAGGAAUUGUCACAGGGUCAGGGAGAGGACAAAGUGCCCAGACCUGCCUGAGGUCUUUGAGGGAGCUCUGGCCUCGGGGGAUGGGGGUGGGGGUCCCUGCGGGGCUCCUUGUGGUGUGCUGUGGUCAGACCCCGACUCCAAGCCUGAUUCCCCAGGCACGGAAGAGGACCCAGUGGGGUCAGGGAGACUUCUGGAUGCCCCGCUGGUUGAAAAAUUAGUUGGGUUGCCAGUUAGGAACGAGUCCGUUCUAUUUUGUUAGGAUGUGGUUGUACUGAAAACACGGGUUCGCUGUCGGUCUUGUGAGUGAGACCGGAAAUAUGUGGGUGAGAGCCAGGGUCAUGACACAGACGCAGUUGGGACUGGGCAGGCUGUCCCGACUCCCCUCCUACUGCUCUCCCUGCUUCACCCCUCCCCGCUGGCUGGGAGCAGGGGUCACCCAGGUAUUGGGGUCCAGUGAGAUGGGACUCAGCUCUGCUUCUGGAGACCUCCUGCAGGGAGAAGGGGCUGAGCAGGACUUUCUGGGUGGAGGGAACGCGGGGCUGUGGAGGUGGUCCCAGCCCUGCAGGGGGCCCGGGCCCUCUCCUAGAGCCCAGCUGAGCCAGCCCACCUAAGUCCUCCCUGGAGUAACAGGCAAGACCCCCAACACCACCCCCUUUCUGGACGCUUCACCAAGGAGGCUGACUGAGGGUAGGGUCGUUGAGAAAGGGUAUGUUCCCACUCUAGUGCUGGGUGUCUUUGGGACAGCACCUGGCUCCUGAUCCCGACUCGGCCAUGCCCAGACCCCACUUGGGACCGUCCCAAGGCAUGGAAUCCUGGACUCACUGAGCUGGACCAGUUCUCAAGCCUGGUUCCAAGUCGGAGGCACCUUGGAAGCUUGCUAGAAAAUUCGCAGCCCCGCCUGGCCCUAGAACUUCACUCCAGAAGUCCCUAGGGAACUCGGGAUUCUUACGAUCCGCCGACUUUGGCAACCAGUGUCCAGGGCACCUCACUCAUUUUAGAGGUGGGGACACUGAGGCCUGGGUGUCCAGGGUCGUACAGCAGGUGCGGACUCCCGGAUCCCCAUUCAACACCCUUUCCCAUGUCCUGUCCCCAGAGCACCCCCUUGCAGGCCUGGCCCUCAUUUCCAAGUCGCUCUGAAGCCUCCCUCUUCCACACGUUUGGAGGUCGGGGAGAAGCCUAGGGAGGCUGAAGUCGGGGAACACUGGGAGAGCCCCCUCUGAGAGUCAUCCCUCGGACACACGCUGCCCUGCAGCGCCAUCUUCCGGCCAGUUCUGUCCUAGGGCCCUAGAGGCCACGGGCAGGAUGCUCCGGGUCCUGGUGGGGGCCGUCCUCCCCGCAAUGCUGCUGGCCGCUCCGCCGCCCAUCAACAAGCUGGCACUGUUCCCGGACAAGAGCGCCUGGUGUGAGGCCAAGAACAUCACCCAGAUCGUGGGCCACAGCGGCUGCGAGGCCAAGUCCAUCCAGAACAGGGCGUGCCUAGGACAGUGCUUCAGUUACAGCGUUCCAAACACCUUCCCGCAGUCUACAGAGUCCCUGGUUCACUGCGACUCCUGCAUGCCGGCCCAGUCCAUGUGGGAGAUUGUGACCUUGGAGUGCCCCGGCCACGAGGAGGUGCCCCGGGUGGACAAGCUGGUGGAGAAGAUCGUGCACUGUAGCUGCCAAGCAUGUGGCAAGGAGCCCAGCCACGGGCUGAGCGUCUACGUGCAGGGCGAGGACGCGCCGGGCUCCCAGCCGGGCACCCGUCCCCACCCCCACCCAGGCGGGCAGACCCCCGAGCCCGAGGAUCCCCCUGGGGCCCCCCACGUGGAGGAAGAGGGGGCUGAGGACUGAGGCCCCAACUCCUCCUCCCCUCUCAUCCCCUGUGGAAUGUUGGGUCUCAACCUCGGGGGAGCGGUGGGGAGACAGGCCGGAGCCCCCCUUUGGCACUGGAUGGACUUGGAUUCAGACUUGGACUUGGAACGCUUUCCGGUUGCCGUGGAGAUCUGAAGGGAGGGGUUGGGGCCAAGCUGCACAAUUUAAUAUAUUCAAGAGUGAGGGGAGGUAGCAGAGGUCUUCAGGGUUCUUUUUCGGAGGGGGUGGGUGGUUCUCUUCCUUUCUGCCUCCUAGAGAUAUGCCUUUGGGAGCAGGAAGAGGUUGGCUAAGCUGCUGAGGUGGGUGUGAGGUCCUCACCAUCCUGGUGGGGCGGGGCCCCUGGGGUACAGAUGGUGGAGCGGGGACCCUGGGCUGAGGGUCGGUGCCUUGCCAGCAGCAGCCUUGAGGAAGGGACUGGGUCCAGGCUAGGAAGACCACUGGCAGAAGCUCGAGCCCCAUAGGUUUCCCCAAAGGUCUCUCGUCCCCAGGAGAGCUUCUCCCCAUUGGCACCAAAAUGGCCCUCCCUCGAUGGUGUGCUUGGGAGUCAGGUCUGGGCAGGACCCUGCUGACUCACGGCCCUGGAGCCGGGAGGCCUUUCUGGCUUCCUUGGCUUUCCAGGGGGUGGAGGAAGGCAAGGGAGGAGCUUACCUGGGGGGGCGGGUGAGGGGAGGACUCCCGGACCAUCCCUGGAGUCUCCCUCACCCUCCCACUGCCCCCCCAAGUCUUGGGCGAAAACGGAUGGAGCUAGCCUUCCGCCUCCUGGGGAGAUCUUUCUAAAUCUGAUGGGGGGG